CAGCGUUUCUUCCAAUAACCCAUGUCUGUGUGCAUCCCGCCUCCCUGCGCUCUCAAAUAGAUGGUGCAAGUCAAAAUGUCCAAAUCGUCCGCAGACCCACUGCCUGGUGUCGAAACAGGCUCACAGUCUCACAAUUUUCAGCUGCCCAGGAAGUUGCCUAAGAGGAAGAGUCGGUUCAAACGUUCGGAUGGCAGCACGUCCUCAGACACCACCUCCAGCUUCAUCAAAAGACAGGGGUCGGCUGAUUCGUACACCAGUAGACCGUCGGAUUCCGACCUGUCAGCGGAGGAGGACCGCGAGGCGUAUCGGCGUGAAGCCGAGCGCCAGGCCCAGCUCCAGCUCGACAGAGCUAAGUCUAAACCUGUAGCGUUUGCGGUGAAGACCAACGUGGCUUUCUGUGGGGCUCUGGAUGAGGACUGUCCUGUUCAAGGAGCUGCAAUCAACUUCGAAGCCAAAGACUUCCUGCACAUUAAGGAGAAGUACAAUAAUGACUGGUGGAUUGGUCGUCUGGUGAAGGAGGGGGCAGACAUCACCUUCAUCCCCAGCCCUCUACGCCUGGAGGCUAUGAGACUCAAACACGAGCAGAAACAAAGGAAAAGAGGGGGGAACUCUUCCUCCAGUCUGGGUGACAUGGUGUCUGGGAGCUGGAGGACAACGCCACCAUCCGGUGACAAACCGAAGCAAAAGCAGGAACACAUUCCUCCAUAUGACGUGGUCCCGUCUAUGCGGCCGGUGGUCUUAGUGGGGCCGUCACUGAAGGGCUAUGAGGUGACAGAUAUGAUGCAGAAAGCUCUGUUUGACUUCCUGAAACACAGGUUUGAAGGAAGAAUCUCCAUCACACGUGUUACGGCAGACCUAUCUCUUGCCAAGAGAUCUGUCCUCAACAAGAGGCCCAUCAUGGAGAGAUCCAAUACUCGCUCCAGCCUGGCCGAGGUCCAGAGUGAGAUAGAGAGGAUAUUUGAGCUGGCCAAAACCCUCCAGCUGGUAGUUCUGGAUGCAGACACCAUCAACCACCCGGCCCAGCUAGCCAAGACUUCCCUAGCCCCUAUCAUCGUCUACGUCAAAGUGUCCUCGCCAAAGGUGCUCCAGAGGCUGAUCAAGUCCCGGGGGAAGUCUCAGAGCAAACACCUGAACGUGCAGAUGAUGGCUGGGGAUAAGCUGUCUCAAUGCCCCCCUGAGAUGUUUGAUGUCAUUUUGGAUGAGAACCAAUUGGAGGAUGCGUGUGAGCACUUGGCUGAAUACCUAGAGGUCUACUGGCGCGCCACUCAUCUUCCUGACACCACCCCCAUCAACCCGCUUUUAGAGCAGAACCUCAUGACCCCGCCCUCAGCCAACUCUAGCCUACAGACCCAGAAUAAGAACCAGCCCCCAGCACAGCCCAGCGGUGUGGGGGUGGAGGGUGAGGAGGAGGUGGGGGAGGAGGCCCACUCCCCCCUGGAGCAGGACAGCCUGAUGCCGUCUGAAGAGGGCAGCGACUCCCUGUCCCGUGGCCUCCUGGGGGGCCCACGCCUCCGGGGGGACGAGGAGGACGAGGAGCUGGUGGAGGAAUUAGAAGAGGAACUAGAUGAGGAGGAGGAGGAUGCGUUCGAGUCCCCCUGCCACGCCCAAACUUACAGGGACAGGUACCCCCCUCACCGCGGGCACCGCGGGGGCGUCCACAGCGCCAACGGGCUUGAGUCACAGGACAGGCUGCUCCAGCGCGAUGCCCAGCAGGGGCACAACCAGCGCAACAACUGCCAACGCAGCCGCCCUUGGCCCCGAGACAACUACUGACAUCUCUAACGUACCCCUGACCCCAAGACAACUACUGACAUCGCUAACGUACCCCUGACCCGAGACAACUACUGACAUCUCUAACGUACCCCUGACCCCAAGACAACUACUGACAUCUCUAACGUACCCCUGACCCCAAGACAACUACUGACAUCGCUAACGUACCCCUGACCCGAGACAACUACUGACAUCUCUAACGUACCCCUGACCAGAGACAACUACUGACAUCUCUAACGUACCCCUGACCCCAAGACAACUACUGACAUCUCUAACGUACCCCUGACCCCAAGACAACUACUGACAUCUCUAACGUACCCGAGACAACUACUGACAUCUCUAACGUACCCCUGACCCCAAGACAACUACUGACAUCUCUAACGUACCCCUGACCCAAAGACAACUACUGACAUCGCUAACGUACCCCUGACCCCAAGACAACUACUGACAUCUCUAACGUACCCCUGACCCCAAGACAACUACUGACAUCUCUAACGUACCCCUGACCCAAAGACAACUACUGACAUCGCUAACGUACCCCUGACCCCAAGACAACUACUGACAUCUCUAACGUACCCCUGACCCAAAGACAACUACUGACAUCUCUAACGUACCCCUGACCCCAAGACAACUACUGACAUCGCUAACGUACCCCUGACCCAAAGACAACUACUGACAUCUCUAACGUACCCCUGACCCCAAGACAACUACUGACAUCGCUAACGUACCCCUGACCCCAAGACAACUACUGACAUCUCUAACGUACCCCUGACCAGAGACAACUACUGACAUCGCUAACGUACCCCUGACCCGAGACAACUACUGACAUCUCUAACGUACCCCUGGCCCAAAGACAACUACUGACAUCGCUAACGUACCCCUGACCCGAGACAACUACUGACAUCGCUAACGUACCCCUGACCCCAAGACAACUACUGACAUCUCUAACGUACCCCUGACCCCAAGACAACUACUGACAUCUCUAACGUACCCCUGACCCCAAGACAACUACUGACAUCUCUAACGUACCCCUGACCCGAGACAACUACUGACAUCGCUAACGUACCCCUGACCCGAGACAACUACUGACAUCGCUAACAUACCCCUGACCAGAGACAACUACUGACAUCUCUAAUGUACCCGAGACAACUACUGACAUCUCUAAUGUACCCCUGACCCGAGACAACUACUGACAUCUCUAACGUACCCGAGACAACUACUGACAUCUCUAAUGUACCCCUGACCCGAGACAACUACUGACAUCUCUAAUGUACCCCUGACCCCAAGACAACUACUGACAUCUCUAACGUACCCCUGACCCAAAGACAACUACUGACAUCUCUAACGUACCUCUGACCCCAAGACAACUACUGACAUCUCUAAUGUACCCCUGACCCCAAGACAACUACUGACAUCUCUAACGUACCCCUGACCCAAAGACAACUACUGACAUCGCUAACGUACCCCUGACCCGAGACAACUACUGACAUCGCUAACGUACCCCUGACCCGAGACAACUACUGACAUCUCUAACGUACCCGAGACAACUACUGACAUCUCUAAUGUACCCCUGACCCGAGACAACUACUGACAUCUCUAAUGUACCCCUGACCCCAAGACAACUACUGACAUCUCUAACGUACCCCUGACCCAAAGACAACUACUGACAUCUCUAACGUACCCCUGACCCCAAGACAACUACUGACAUCUCUAACGUACCCCUGACCCCAAGACAACUACUGACAUCGCUAACGUACCCCUGACCCCAAGACAACUACUGACAUCUCUAACGUACCCCUGACCAGAGACAACUACUGACAUCUCUAAUGUACCCGAGACAACUACUGACAUCUCUAAUGUACCCCUGACCCGAGACAACUACUGACAUCUCUAACGUACCCGAGACAACUACUGACAUCUCUAACGUACCCCUGACCAGAGACAACUACUGACAUCUCUAACGUACCCCUGACCCCAAGACAACUACUGACAUCUCUAACGUACCCCUGACCCAAAGACAACUACUGACAUCGCUAACGUACCCCUGACCCGAGACAACUACUGACAUCGCUAACAUACCCCUGACCAGAGACAACUACUGACAUCUCUAACGUACCCCUGACCCCAAGACAACUAGCUAUACCCAGACUACAACUUUGGCCACAAGACACCCACUAAUACACAGUAAGUGUGCUCCUUGUCCCCCAACACUCACCCCAACUAUGGAAACAAUGUAGUAUCAAUUGUCCCCAUAACAAUUACUGACUGCUGUGCACAUUACCACCUUCUACAAUCACACACUUCCAGGCUUCCAGUUCUACUCAUUCAGAUUAGCUGGGGUCAUGUUAAUCAGAUAAAAGGCUAUACGUCAACAGGGCUACUCACCGCCACAAUAGCAGGCUAUAACUACUGGCUAUAGGUCAAGUUAAAUUUUAGGCUUCUUCGCAUAAGGUUUCCCUAAUGUAGGAUGACACAUUUACUGGCCUUAAAUCCCUAAGACGUUUAUGUAUCUUUAUUAUUGCAUGUAUGAUUAUUUUAGGACUAUUUGCACAUUAUGGUCAGAACAGGAACCAUAGGCUCUUUCUGGAUAAACAAAAGUAGGAAUGUCUACAUUUUACUAAUCUGCUAUGGGAAAUAGUAAUGCAUCCGAAUAUAUUGUACAUAUUGAAUGGGUACCUGGUUAUAAUCAACCUGGUCUCAGAGAAUUUAGUAUUAUUCUGUAUGCAAAUCCGGGACUCUCCAUUUAGUAUGAUAUGUUACAUUUCAUAUGGUAUGUAUUAAAUUGUGAAUGUCCAUCGUCCAUUUUGUA